UUUUUUUUUGUAAUUAAAAUUACAAAUAAUUAUGGCUCAAAAUUAUAAUAAAUUUACAAUUUGGUUACGUUUAUUAUCGAUAUUAUUGAUAUUUUUUGCAUCAAUAUUAUGGUUAUUAUUUUUGGUACAAAUCGUACGACCUGAUAUCAAUGAUCAAAUCGACGUGGAUAAUCAGCAAAGCAAUGAAGCCGAAUCCAAUGUUUCCGGAAAUAUUCCCAAUGCAGAUGAUGAUGAUGAUGAAAAGCCAAUCAUUGUUUUAGCAUUUCCAAGCAACAUUAAACAAUUGAAACGUUUAGCACGGAUAUUAUCAUUUUAUUCAAAAAAUCAUUCAAAUUAUGUUUUUGUUUUAUUUUGUUCUGCAUAUUUAUUUAAACAAACAUUUGCAAUACCUGGUUCAGUUUUUUUGAAUCUACUUGCCGGUGCAAUAUAUAAUGUUUGGAUUGGUUUUCCACUUUGUUGCCUGUUAACUGCUUGUGGUUCAACAUUAUGUUUUUUAUUAUCCAAAUAUUUUGGUCAUUAUUUAUUGGAAUAUUAUUUCCCCGAAAAACUUGAUUAUUUUCAAAAAAAAUUUAUCGAAAAACAACAAAAAAAUGGUAAUCUUUUUUGGUUAUUAAUAUCAUUACGUUUAUUUCCAAUAACACCAAAUUGGUUUCUUAAUAUUGCGUCACCAAUUGUUAAUAUACCAUUAUCGUUAUUUUUUUUAUCAAUUUUAUUUGGUUUAAUGCCAUAUAAUUUUAUUUGUGUACAAACUGGAUCGAUAUUAUCUGAAAUAAAUUCAAUGAAUGAUAUAUUUACAAUCAAAACAUUUAUAUUAUCUUUAUUCAUUGCAUUUUUGGUUGCAUCAUCAACAUUAUUGAAGAAAAAGAUGAAAAAGACGAAGAUGAUGAUGAUGAUGAAGAAGGAAGAAAAUUCAAUCACCGAUACAAGUAUAGCCAAACAUAAUGAUGAUGGUGGUGAUCAUCAUCAUUUUGGAUCGAAACUAAAAUCGAAUUGAGAAUUAAUAUUGAUUGGGGGAGUUGUGGUGGUUUGGGGGAUGGAGGAUGGAGAGGAUAAUAGAAGAAGAAAGAAGAUUCACAAAAAAUUCUCCCUGUUUGUUUUUUUUUCGGAAAGAUUUCUCAUUAUCGAAAACGACGACGACAAUGAAUCGAUGAAUCAAUCGUGUAAAUGAAUCAAUAUGAUGAUGGUGUGAUGAUCAACAAAAAACAUGGACAUUCUUCUCGAUCGACAAACACAACAUUCACACACACACAACAUAGCCAUAAAUAUGUGUGAACAAUAAGAUUUUUUUUUCAAUGAAAACCAGAAAGAUUCCCUAUUUUUUUUUCUGAAGAGAGAUUACAAAUCUUUUUUUGCUGCUUUUUUCAUAUAUCAAUAUUGUCAUUGAAUUUUUUUUUUCUAUUUCAUAAAAUGUUUGUAUUUAACACUGAACACACUGAACACAAAACAAACGAAAAAUACCCGAAACAAACAUUUUUUGAUGGUUGGUCCAUCGGUUGGUUUAUUGUCUGUUUGGAUCAUCAUGAUAUGAA